CUUCGCCCCCGCAUUCCCCUCGUUGCUCAUCUUUAUCUCCCACCGACUUUCCCUGCGCUUCCUGCUGCUAAUUCCUUCAAUAGUAGCUGUGCUAAAGAGAUCGACCGGAUGGCCGGCUUGCCGGAGACAGACGCCGAGGGCAAAACCCUCUCCGACGCUUGGGAUUUCAAGGGCCGCCCCGCCGUCCGAUCCCAGACCGGCCGUUGGACCAGCGCCGCCAUGAUCCUAGGGGUGGAGCUGUGCGAGAGGCUGACAACGCUUGGGAUCGCCGUGAACCUGGUGACCUACUUGACGGGCACCAUGCACCUCGGCAAUGCCGCCUCCGCCAACACCGUCACCAACUUUCUCGGCACCUCCUUCAUGCUCUGCCUCCUCGGCGGCUUCCUCGCCGACUCCUUCCUCGGCCGGUACCUCACCAUCGCCAUCUUCACCGCCGUGCAAGCCACAGGGACAACCAUCCUGACCGUAUCGACGGCGGCACCAGGCCUGAGGCCGCCUGCCUGCGCGGACCCGCCGGCCGGCGGGUGCGCGCGGGCGAGCGGGGCCCAGCUCGGGGUGCUCUACCUGGCUCUGUACCUGACGGCGUUGGGGACGGGAGGGCUCAAGUCGAGCGUGUCCGGGUUCGGGUCGGACCAGUUCGACGAGUCGGACCGGGGGGAGAAGCGGCAGAUGAUGCGCUUCUUCAGCUGGUUCUUCUUCUUCAUCAGCCUCGGCUCGCUGCAGGCCGUGACGGUCCUGGUGUACAUCCAGGACAACCUCGGCCGCCGGUGGGGCUACGGCAUCUGCGCCGCCGCCAUCGUGGCGGGGCUGGCGGUGUUCCUCUCCGGCACCCCCAGGUACCGGUUCAAGAAGCUGGUGGGGAGCCCCUUGACGCAGAUCGCCGCCGUGGUGGCGGCGGCGUGGAAGAAGAGGGAUCUCGACUUGCCCUCGGAUCCUUCCUUUCUCCAUGACGAGGAUGCCGCCGUGGACGGAGAGAAGAAGAGCAGGGGGAAGCAAAGGCUGCCCCACAGCAAGCAAUUCCGUUUCUUGGACCGGGCGGCGAUCAUGGAGGACCCGGCCAUCGAGCAGAGCAAGUGGCAGCUGUCGACGCUGACCGACGUGGAGGAGGUGAAGCAGGUGAUCCGGAUGCUGCCCAUCUGGGCCACCACCAUCAUGUUCUGGACGGUCUACGCCCAGAUGACCACCUUCUCCGUCUCCCAGGCUACAACCAUGGACCGCCGCAUCGGCUCCUCCUUCCAGAUCCCCGCCGGUUCCCUCACCGUCUUCUUCGUCGGCUCCAUCCUCCUCACCGUCCCCGUCUACGACCGCCUCGUCGUCCCCGCCGCCGGCCGUCUCACCGGCAACCCCCAGGGCCUCACCCCCCUCCAGCGCAUCGCCGUCGGCCUUGUCUUAUCCAUCUUCGCCAUGGUCGCCGCGGCGCUCACCGAGCACAAGCGCCUCCACGCGGCGUGGGCGGCGAACUCGUCCUCCUCCGUUAGCCAGGGGUCGACGGUGCCGCUGGGCGUGUUCUGGCUGGUGCCGCAGUUCUUCUUGGUGGGGGCCGGAGAGGCGUUCACGUACAUCGGCCAGCUGGAUUUUUUCCUGAGGGAGUGUCCCAAGGGGAUGAAGACGAUGAGCACUGGGCUCUUUCUUAGCACUCUGUCGCUGGGCUUCUUCCUUAGCUCGGCGCUGGUGAGCAUUGUCCACAAGGUGACCGGGGAGAGCGGGAAGGGGCCGUGGCUGGCCGACAACCUGAACGACGGGAGGCUCUACAACUUCUACUGGCUUCUUGCGGUGCUGAGCGUGGCGAAUUUGGUGUUGUUUUUGGUGUCAGCGAAAGGCUAUGUUUACAAGGAGAAGAGGAGGAUGGAAGCGGAGGACGGGAGCGUGGGCGCGGUUGAGCUGGCGGAGGAGGCUUUUUGCAACGCUUGAGCUUCCCUGACCUUUUCUCUCUUUUUUUUCCCUUUUCUUUUGGUUUCUAAAUCCGAAGUAAGCGUUUUUGAGCGGAGGCCUGAUGCAUUGGCUGGCGGUUGAUCGAGUAGCUCCUUCCGUUAAUGCAUCACAGCUGUGUACAAAUGAUCUCCUGUCAUUGAUCUACCGGUUAUUACCCAGGUGAAAAGGGAGAAGUAUAAAUAAAUUGUGGCUUUUCCCCGGCAAUUAUAUCUUCCUGUUUAAUGACUAAAAAUUAUGGAUUUAGCACUUUCGACUUAA